AUGCCGCCAACAUCAUUGCAAGCACACGUCGAGCGGCGUUCAACAGCGCUGCGCGGGAAAUUACUCGAGACUCUCACUCAACUUGCACCUAAGCGACACGCCCAGCCACUUCCUAACCUUGAUCUCGCCCAUGAAGUCGCCGUGACAGCUUCCUCGCCAAUGGAGAUCUCACGAGUUCUCACCGCCAGAUCCAACGAGAAAACCGAAUUCCACCCUGGUCAAGGAGCGGUCGACCCACACGAUAUUAAUAUGCAGGGCCUCCUCGCAUUAUUCGCGAUUAUUGGAGCUGCUUUUGUGCUUGCAGCAAUAUGGUUCUUUUUCUGGGCGAGAAACGGAGGGUUUGUUUGGCGCAAGGGUGAUUGGGAUGACUAUAAAUCUACAGUUUUACGUCGGAAGGGUCCAGAUGGACGCACGCUUUCAAACGCCACAAAGAGCACGGUUCUAGGUGGGGGAAGUGUUGUUGGAAGAGGAUACAGUGAUUAUGACGAGCAGGCAACGACUGUGGAUACAGCGACUGUGGCUACGGAGAAAGUAAGUCGCGGAAAGCGGUUGAAGGAAACUGCCAAACAGAAGUUGCUGAGGAAACGGAAGGAGGAGGCUUGGGAAGGGGGUCAUGAUGAGGACAUGCGUGCCUAUCGCCAUGAGAAGCCAGCGACAGUGGGGGGAAUUAAUCGAGAACCAGAUGGUACAUACCAUGGUACAGAAUACACGGGUACUCUCGAGCAAAGAAGUGAAUGGACCCAGAGUGAAAUGGGCGAGACUCAUAUGGAGACCGAAACACGCUACGAUCCACCCGUGACCGAGAGACUCUCAGGAAACAGGAACGUCUCUGGAUUUUCGUUCACUGCCGGCGCUGAAGAUACGAUCAGCAAUAUCACUGAAGAACAUCCACUUCGCGACUCUGCUCACCGGCAAGAGAGCCGACACAGUCGCUCCAGAAACUCUCAACGUCCACGCGGCCCGCGACCUAGUGCCAACACUCGCUCGAGGCAGGAUGGCUCGCGUAGACGUGAUCGCUCGGCCAUUCCGGGUGGAUAUACGACGCCAUUGGAUAUGUCUUCGAUCAGUGCGUCGGAGUACACCUACGAUCAGCUCGAGGGCUCGGGUAAUGGUACCAAAACUUAUCACCAUCCCCUUCCUGAGUUGAAGAAGGGCUAUAGACGCGCUGGUGGGGGUGGGAGAGGGAGGCGAGAUAGUUUGAGUGACAGCGAGGGGGAUGAUUAUGAUAGUCGUCUGUCUUGA